AAAAGUGAGAGUAAGCAAGAGUGAGGGAAAAGCAAGAGAAAUUGAGAAGAUCUAAGUGAGUUGGGUUCUUGUGAGAGAAAAGAAAAAGAGAAAUUGUGAAAUAAUCCUUAUGAAGAUUAAGAGAGAGUCUUAGGGAGAAUUUAGGAGUUUCUAUAUAUUGAAGUUAGGGUGUUUAGAGUUUUUAGAGUGAGAAAGUUUCUAAAUUAUUAUAUUUUUUUUAAUAGUGGAUUCAUUUUUUUUUUUCCUGUGAAUAUAGACUUGUUGAGAGAUAAAGUCAAAUCACGUUAAAUUGUUAUCUUAAUUUUUUUAUUGUAAGAUUGUGGUGCUCAAAACUCCCAACAGAAAAAAAAGGAGAGGCGCACCAUUCUUCCUUGUAUAUUACUCCUCCUUCUCUCGAGAUGUUUGAAUCCUUAAGCACAUACAAACUUAAAUUUUCCAUCAGAUUCUCUUCACUUUCUCUUACUUUCCCAGUAAAUCUAUGUUCUUUGGAACACUUAAAUCCUCUUGUCUUUGCUUCAAGGCCUUCCAAAUUCUAUCCCCUUGAGAAAUAUUUUCCUAAGAAAAAUAUGGUCCCUCUUAUGGUUUUGACACUAGUCUCAAUUCUAAUAACACCUUCUUCCUCUACUUCUCUUGUUUCUGAUUUUCAUGCUUUGGUUAGCCUCAGAAAUGGAUUUCAGUUCCCGAAACCAAUGUUGAGCACAUGGAAUGUUUCGAAUCCGAGCUCGGUUUGUUCUUGGAUCGGAGUUCAGUGUUUCCGGAGAAGGGUUGUUUCUUUAGACUUGACAGACAUGGAUCUGGAUGGAUCUGUUUCGCCAGAAAUUUCAAAACUUGACAGGCUCACCUACCUCUCUCUGGCUGGAAACAACUUCACUGGUGGCAUUGAGAUAGUGAACCUGAGCGAGCUCCGAUUUCUCAACAUUUCAAACAAUGGCUUCGGCGGUAACGUGGAAUGGAACUACUCGUGUAUGGGGAAUCUGGAAGUGUUGGAUGUUUAUUACAACAACUUCUCUGGGUUCUUACCGGCAGGGGUUGUGGAAUUGAAGAAACUCCGGUAUUUGGCUCUUGGCGGGAAUUAUUUUGUCGGUGAAAUCCCACCGAGCUACGGUCGGAUACUGGGGUUGGAGUAUCUUCAGCUGGGGGGAAAUAAUCUUGAAGGGAAAAUCCCAGGUGAGCUGGGGAAUCUUACUAAUCUCAGAGAGCUUUACCUUGGGUACUCCAAUGCUUUCGAAGGUGGGAUUCCGCCGGAGUUUGGUAAUCUGGUGAAUUUAGUCAUCCUGGAUCUUGCCAGCUGUGAAUUGGACGGUCAAAUUCCACCGGAGCUUGGAAAUUUGAAGUCCCUGGACACUCUGUACCUGUUUAGGAAUCUGCUCUCCGGUCCUAUUCCGAAGCAGUUGGGCAACUUGACGAGUUUGGUGAACCUUGACCUCUCGGAAAAUGCACUCACUGGAGAAAUCCCGCCGGAUGUCGUGAACCUGAAGAAGCUCAGGCUUCUCAGUCUCUUCAAGAACACGCUACACGGGUCUAUUCCGGACUAUGUUUCAGAGUUCCCUGAUUUGGAAACACUAUCUCUGUGGCACAACAACUUCACCGGCGUUAUACCGGAAAAUCUUGGCCAGAAUGGGAAGCUUCAGAUGCUUGAUUUGUCUUCCAACAAGCUCACCGGAACAAUCCCUCGAAACUUGUGCUCUUCCAAUCAGUUAAAGAUUCUGAUCCUGAUGAAGAAUUUCCUGUUCGGCUCCAUUCCAGAGGACUUGGGGAGAUGUUAUAGUCUCGUCAGGGUGCGGCUGGGGGAUAAUUACUUGAACGGAAGCAUUCCGGAGGGGUUCAUUUACUUGCCAAAGCUGGAUUUUGUAGAGUUGCGGAACAAUUACCUGACCGGAGCAUUGGGAUAAAACGGUAAUAGUUCACCGAAACCUGUUAAUUUAGUCCAGCUGAAUCUUUCAAACAAUCUUCCUCCGGUCCGUUUCCCGUUUCAAUUUCAAACAUUUCUUCCAUUGAAUAUCUUCUAGUUAGUGGAAAUCAAUUUUCGAGUAACUG